AUGGCCCACAAGCAGAUCUACUACUCAGACAAGUACUUCGACGAGCAGUACGCGUAUUGGCAUGUCAUGUUACCCAGAGAACUUUCUAAACAAGUACCCAAAACUCAUCUGCUGUCCGCAGAGGAGUGGAGGAGACUUGGUGUCCAACAGAGUCUAGGAUGGGCUCAUGACAUGAUCCAUGAGCCAGAACCACGCACGUGGUCUUCUCUUUAG